ACCUAAAGCAAUCGCUACACAGACUGAUUCUGAUCUAUUUGAGGGCAUUCUAUGUUUAGGGGGAUCAUACAUAAAUAAAGGAUAACAAUUAAUAUGGACUCGAGAAAGAUAUGUUUGUUGGCUUUCUUUGCAGUAGCAGCAAGAGCUGUUCCAGAGUUACACAGUUUUGAAUCUCAUUAUGGAGGAAAGAUCAUUGCAGUUGAAGAUGCUGUGUUUGACAAACAGGGACAAUAUGCGCUGAUCAAGAUAAAUUCAUUAUCAGACAAAAUUGUUUCAACGCUUAAUUUGCAUGACUUUAACACGAAUUUCACUGCGGUCAGGAAUAACGAAAUGCGGAGGUGUCAUAUCUUCAGAACACGUCAUACAUUGAGUGAAAUGAUGGACCUGUAUAAAACGGCAAUAAAUAGAAAAGGCUUCCAUGAUGUCACACAGACAUUUACAUGUACAUCAAAGGCAAUAGUUCCUGCACAAGAAAUGUUUCAUUUCGGAAAUAGGAUAGCUGAAUUCUGUACAGGUGAUGAAGUCAUGUUCUCUGAAAGAAAAUUCCUAACCAAAAGAAAACGAUCUAUCAGUGCGAUUCGAGAGGCUUCAAUAUCCUGUGGACUUUGUAUUGGCGGAUGUAAUCAUCAGUAACCAAAAGUCUUAUUAAAACAUUGAAGCAAUUAACAAAGGUUACACGGAGAAAGAUAAUACAAGGAACGGAAUAAGAACUAAACAAAAACAAUAUUAUAUUAUGUCAACAAUAGAGUUUUUAUUUGUCAUGCUAUGCAAAUGCAUUAAAGUGUUAUGAAUGUUAUGGUACAAAAGUGUCAUUUUAUCAAUGUAUGCCCAAAAAUAUAUAUCGAUUUACGAAUUCAAAGAAAGAAAGAAAGUUUGUUUUUGUCAUUUACCUACGACAAUGUUGCACUGAUGUACCUACACUAAUUAUGUUGAACAAGUGUCAUACAUUUUACAUAUACAUGUAUAAUAAAUUAGAUAAAUACAGAAUCCCUAAAGAAAGCCCAACACGGCAAAAUUGAAAAUGUUGCAGGCUCGGUUUGAUUGAGCCUGUUCAUGGACGGUACUGGAAAAUGCAAGUUAUCGUACACGCCCCCUAGCACCGGCUUAAGCAGAAUUCAACAUUUAAACAUGAAAUAGUAAAAUUUUGAAUUUAGAAACAUCCGCAGAUGUGUUGAUACGGCGGUUAUCAUGGAACCUUCAAUGUGACACUACCGUGCCAUUCCAUUGAAAGCGGCGUAUGGUCCCCAAGUAAUAAAAAGCGUGUGCCCUAAACGAGAAAACAAUGGGCGGAACUAAAUAAAAUGGAAUUUUGAAAGGGGAUCAGAGGUUAUGAAAUAGAUAAAUACAGAAUCCCUAAAGAAAGCCCAACACGGCAAAAUUGAAAAUGUUGCAGGCUCGGUUUGAUUGAGCCUGUUCAUGGACGGUACUGGAAAGUGCAAGUUACCGUCCACGCCCCCUAGCACCGGCUUAAGCAGAAUUCAACAUUUAAACGUGAAAUAGUAAAAUUUUGAAUUUAGAAACAUCCGCAGAUGUGUUCAUACGGCGGUUAUCAUGGAAGCUUCAAUGUGACACGUCCGUGCCAUUCCAUGAAAAGCGGCGUAUGGUCCCCAAGUAAUAAAAAGCGUGUGCCCUAAACGAGAAAACAAUGGGCGGAACUAAAUAAAAUGGAAUUUUGAAAGGGGAUCAGAGGUUAUGAAGCCUGCAUAUCACAGAUAAGACGUCAAAAGACAAGUUUAAAAAGCAGGCAACAUAUCCUAAGGGUGAUUCAACAUUAUUCAAGUAGGAAUACUGGAACCACCCAACUAGAAAAUGCCGAAAAGUUGAAACUAAAAAUACCACAAGCACAACAAUAAUGUCGUGCUGAACGAUCUUCAAGGAUCGAAAAUGUAACAUCAUUGAUUAAAUGUACGGGGAGACUUUUUACAGCCGCCACACGGCACAAAUAACACGGAUGUGAUCAUAAAUUAGAUAAAUACAGAAUCCCUAAAGAAAGCCCAACACGGCAAAAUUGAAAAUGUUGCAGGCUCGGUUUGAUUGAGCCUGUUCAUGGAAGGUACUGGAAAAGUCGCACUUGCAAUAAGAUUCAAACUUUGCUAUUUAUUGUUUAGGAACAUUUUUUUUAUCAUAUUCAUAAUGUUGAAUAGUACGAGAAAAGAUUACUCAUAAUUAACAAAUUCAAUAAUUCUUAUCAUAUAUCCAUCUUACGAGUAUACUAAUGCAGAAUCUAUUCUGUUAACAGGAGAACAAAGACAAUAUCAGUUAGCAUGUGACCAGCACAUGCAUAACCAACCAUUGAUUUGCCUGUAUCUAAUGUACUUUUAUGAGCAUAUUUAAUUUUUCAAACUCAUCUUAAAACUUAUAGUAGGAACUCAAAAAGAAACCUGAUGAAUUGUG